UGGGGAAAAUAAAAACAUUACGGCAAUCAUGCGAUUUUCAAAAUCGUGCUUACACUAGUUGUUUCGGGGUUAACUAAUCAUGGAUUUUAUCAAAGCUGAAAUCGAAAGGAAAAAGAGACAAUUGGAAAACAAAGAGCUUGUGACUUCCGAGAAGAAAUACUUCAAGCGUGGAGAACUUGCGGCCAAGGAAGCAGAAGAAUACUGGAAGAAACACCAAAGGUUGCUGCCAGGCUCCAGUGGGGGAAGUGAUCAGAGCAAUGACUCUGAAGGGAAUGCAGGAAAGAGUGACCUGUCACCAGAAAAAGACAAGACAUUCAUUUUACCCAGAAAAGAGGUAAUCAGAAGACUUCGUGAGAGAGUGGAGCCAAUAACGCUGUUUGGAGAGACAGAAUAUGAGGCAUAUCAGAGACUACGAAAACUGGAAAUUUUAGAACCUGAUGUAAAUAAGGGUUACAAGAAUGACCUCAAAGCUGCUAUGGACAAAGUGGACAGUGAUUACCUGCAGGAGAUCCUGAAAUCUGGCGGAGACGACGACAAGAAGAGUAACGAUGUCAAAGUCAUGCAGGUGGAGAUCACAGGGGAUGAUUUUAAAAAAAUGCGUGAAGAAUUGGAAACAUGUAAUCAUGAAAAAGCACAAGGAAUACUGCUUGAGUAUUUGCAGUACAUCUUGUAUCUAUGGGGCACAGAUCUCAAUAACAGGCCAGAAGAAGAGAAACGCUCUACCAGGGGAAAACUGGCAAGCGCCACACACUCACAAACUGUGAGUUACCUGAAACCUUUAUUCCGGAAACUUAAACAAAGGCGUAUGCAGACAGAUAUCCUAGAAUGUUUGAUUGAAAUCACAAAGUUUCUGUUGGAACGGGAUUAUAUAAGGGCCAGUGACCACUACUAUGAGAUGGCCAUUGGAAAUGCCCCCUGGCCAGUCGGAGUGACCAUGGUGGGCAUUCACGCCCGUACUGGACGUGAGAAGAUCUCAUCAAGAUUUGUAGCGCAUGUGUUGAACGACGAGACACAGCGGAAGUACAUUCAGGCACUGAAAAGACUCAUGACAUAUUGCCAGAGGUUCUUCCCGACUGACCCAUCAAGAAUGGUAGACUAUGAAAAAUCUUAUCACCAAUAGAUACUAUGGAGGCUGCAACACCUGAAGGAAUGAAAAAAAUUUAACAGCUUUUUUGGUGUAGUGUUCUUCAAGAUUCAAUGUCUUCUCCCAUGGGACAGUCACCAACACUAGUGGGCUGGAUUUGGUCUUAAAGUGCAAUUUAAGUUCACAAGUGAUCUUACACAAUCUUAAACAUUACAGCUGUAGUCUUAAAAUGGACUGAAUCUGCUUUUAAGAUCAAAAAUGAUCUAACAUCUACUUAAGUGGUCAAGCAGUUUC